CUUGGUAAUCAAAUAAAUGUACCACCAAAAACUCCAAAAUGUUAAAUAAAAAAAUCAUUCUUAAUUAAGUAAAUGUUUCCUAAAACACUUUUGAUGGGUUUCCUGACCUGCACAAUAUUUUUGAUAAGCAAUGAUUUGAUUAGGGUGGUCCACCCUGAAAGCCAUAAACACAAAGCAAAAUAAGCGUCUCUUCGACUGCUUCCUCAUCUUCCACAAGAGCAACAAAAAAAGGGGGGAGUUGUGCAGAGGCUGCAAUAACAGCAGAAAAUAACAAUAACAAUCCCCGACAAAACUUCCGCUAAGCGAGAAAGAGAAAACAAAAGCGCAGCACUCACUCCCAUCCCGCUCACACUUGCGAAAGAAGCAUAAAAAGAGCUUUUAUUGCAACUGAAACUUUUUCAAGAACUUUUCCAAAAGAGAGCGGAGAGCGAAAGUCGGAUCUAAUUUGAAAGCGCCGCAAGAACAACUCCAAUGUUCAGUUUUUUCAGUUUAAUCAUUAAACAUUAAACAAAGAACCGCGCAGCCGAACCGAUCGCAGCUCGCUCGUCGUCUCUUCUUCACCGAUAAUUGCUGCAAGCACUGGCUGCGUCACUUUGGCGUCAGCGCCAAACUGGUAGAUCAACUCGGCGGCCUGCAAAAGCUACGCAUCUGCUUCAGACAUUUUAGCCAACGUCAGGAGAUGGCCAAAACCCGCAUCAAGAUGACGCCGCUGCGCAAGUCCACCAAGGGGAUAGUAGUUCUACCAAAUAAUGGAGGGACUAUGAUAACGGGAGGAGGAGGCGGAGGAGGAGCAGGAAGCGGUCAAGUCAAGUCAACGACGGCGGCCAACACCACCAUUCAACUUGUAGAGAGCCCUGCCAGAGAUGUGGAGAAGACCCACCAGGACAAGAAGCCCAUUACCAGCAUCAUGCCCAUGCCCCAGCGUUCUCACUCCAUCAGCUCCUCGACCUCCAGCGAUGUGCAGUCCAUAAACUCCGAUUAUGAAGCUUCCCUACAAAAUACCACCCUAGAGGAUUCCCAGAAUGGGCUCAACCGCUUGGAGAACGGUCAGUCCAAGAAAAGGAAGCUCUACGUCAUCACCGAGAAAUCAGAUGGGAACAACGGCCAUACUCCUGAGACCAAUGGACAGCCCAAGAAGCGCAAGAUGUUCGUUGUUGUGGAGCAGAACAAAGAAGCGGCGGGCAAAAAACUAAUGAUUAUGACCGACAAACCGCAGGCGGAUCUCACCCAGCAUUUGGAGAAACUAUUGCCCGAAAUACUAAAUCGCAUACAGGACAAAGAGCAGAAGCAGAUCAAACCAACUCCAGCGGUGGUAAAACCCAAGUCGGCGGUUAUCAAUCCCAGACCACACAUUACGUUGCCGCCCAAGAAGAAUCCCACAAACUUUGUCAGGAUCCCGCCCACAACAAGUCCAGUGCCGUCGCCCAUUCAGAUGCCACUUCCAAUUCCAAAUACCAAGAUCUUAAAGACCGAAAAGACCGAAAAUUUGGAGGAGAAAAUAAAAACGGAAGAUAUCGAGACCAACAUUAAUCUAUCGCCUGACUUCCGCUUCCUGAUGAAGAUCCUUCCUAAACUGGAACAGUUGCCCGAGCCACACAAGCAGAAUGUCAAGCGCUCCAUUCAAAUCUUUGUUGAGAAGAGCUACAGUAUCUACGGCAACAAGGAUUAGUUACCAGUAUUUCAACACCAUUUUAUUUUCCAUUUCAUUUGAAAAAGUUCGCAUUAUUUUCGAAAGAAUCAUACACAUAAAAGGCAUUUCAUUACGUUGUCUAAGACUGAAGCAGACCAAUUUAAUUUGUAAGCCAAUGCAGAGCUGAUGCAGCUCCCCAUUUAGAUAUGUAAGCCAAUCCUAAAUUUGAUGUUACCCCGCUGAAGAUGGGUAUAUUUCGAAAAAGUUAAGCCAUACAAAAGAUUUACCAAGAUUGAAGUCCUUUCUAUAUUGAAUAUAUGAAAGCUUUAUU